ACACGGUGUUCAUCCGCAGGGUGACCAAACAAGAGCAGGAGCAGUACUCGCCCGCCGCGUCGAACCGGUUCUCGCCUACCCUCCGCUUGGUCGAGGAGGCAAACCCUGCGGUGUCCGCGCAGCGCGCGAGCUCGUCGUCCGCCUCGAACAGGCGCGUGGACGUAGAGUAGGAGUACUACCCACGGCAGCCCAACCUGCUCUGCCAGUAGCCGCUCGACUCGGCCGAGUCGCCGUCGAGACGCCCCGCCGUUCUCGGGGCGCUCGUCGAGCAACAGCCGCUUCUGCAAAGCGUCGUUGGAGCGCUCGAGCUCCGCGGGCUGCUCGCCGCCCCCGGUCUUUGACCAGGUGCGCAUGGAGAGCACAAUGGGCGUGCUCAGCAAUGACUCGGAGCUCGCAGAGGGCUCCGAAGACGCCUGGACGGAGCUCAAGGCACCGACCGUUUUGAUCGUCUACGCCAUCCAGAGCAUCCUGUCCGGUGUCCGCUCGCUGAUACCUUCGCCAACGCUCAAUGAGAACCUCACGCAGAUCAUCACGAUCAUGUCCAGCAUCGUCGCCGUCUGUCACGACAACCUCCCGCCCGUGUUGGCGCAGCAGGGGAAUGACAUCCUGCGCGAGCUCAGCGACCACACGAACAAGCUCAGUGAGGUCCAAGCCAUGCGCGACACUCCCACGAUGCAACCUAGUAGUAUUACCGACACUUUUGAGUCCACCGAUAUCUGAAACUACUGUGUUGCUAAUUAAAUGAAUUUAUAAAUAUGAAAAAAUC